AUGAAGGCACAGCCGGGGGUUGUUUUAGAUAACAAUGGAAAGCAGUAUCAAGAUAGAGGCUGGGCCUGGGUUGUUAUGUGUGGUGCUUUUUUCGUACAUUUCAUAACUGCCGGUUGCGAGAAGUCAUUUUCUUUGUGGUAUAUAGAAAUUCUUGACGCUUUCGCAACUAACUCGGCUACAGCUGCUACUCUGGGUGGAAUGUGCGCAGCCGUUCGCCUUAUUCUAGCUCCUGUUGCUGUUAUGCUUUGUGACAAAUACUCCACUCAGUCUGUUGUCAUUUCCGGUGGAUUAUUUUCUUGCGUUGGACUGAUUGUAGCAGCUUUAACUACAUCUGUACCUGGAUUAUUCAUCGGCUUUGGUCUCGUUUAUGGUUUCGGUCUUACUCUCGUAUUCACCCCAACUCUUGUUGUCUGUACUGUAUACUUUGAGAAGCGUCGUGCAACCGCUCUUAGUCUUUCACUCUCUGGUGCUGGUUUUGGGGCCUUUUGCAUUCCUCAACUGGUCGCUAAACUGCUCAGCGUCUUCGGGUAUCGCGGUGCGAUGUUAAUUAUGUCUGGAGUAGUUCUGCAUUAUUGCAUUUCUGGCGCCAUUUUCUUCACACCUUUUGAUCGCAGUAUAAAGAUCCAAGACGCAGAGACUACACCAACCCAACGCCUCUCACUUGCUGCCCGAAUUAAGGCGAAAUUUGUCUUCCUCGAAUUUUUUCAUAACUCAUUGUUCAUGCUCUUUAUCAUUUCCUUCAUCUUCAAUAUGAUGGGAUCAGGUCCGGUCACAACGCUCAUAAUUCACUAUGCGGAAGAAUUCGGACUGGAGCUCCAUAUCGCCGUACUCCUCUUUGCAAUCGAGGGUGGAGUUCAGAUUAUAGCAAGAAGCUUGUCGGGCUUGCUGUUUGAUCAGAGAACACUGAAGAAAAUACGAGGAAUAAUCUGGUGUGCAGACAUCCUGGCUUCUGGGACAGUUGUAUGUCUUUUCGCGGUUAUUACCAGCUUUACCGGCUUGGCUGUGCUCAUGGGCCUUCGGGGUCUCUUUCUGGCUAUUUACAUUUCACACCAAACUCUCAUGACUUGUGACAUGUGCGGCGGAUCGAAGGAAUCGGGUUUACUUCCGCAUGCUAUUGGAAUGACUCAACUUUCAAAGGGUGUCGGAAUACUCCUGGGUUCAUUGGUUUCCGGUAGCCACCAUGCAGUUGUCACUUUGGCGCAACCUAUUCCAAGGCAUUUGUGCGACUUUCCCCUAAAGAUUCGUGUGCUUCUAGGCAGUCUGAAAGACAUUACUGACGACUACCAUGUGGCCUUCCUCUUCCUCGGCUUCAGUCAAAUGCUUGGCGCAAUGCUGGCUCUCCUGGCCAUCAUCUGUCGUAGACACAAGACCUUCCGCUCCUUUGCGGAGAAGAAGAGUCUUGAAGGACACUGCGAUAGUCAAGAGACCCUCCUCUCAAGCAUUGUCGAGCCUUCCAAUGAACAAAUGAACGUGAAGAGCCUCGAAGAGACAGAAAUUGCAGAUGCAAACGGAGAGGUGGUGGUGGCAGUGGUGGACGCAGGCGAGGAGUCCCAGGUAAAGGAGUUGCAUUUAUCUGGGGGCACUUGGGAGACUUCAGGCUUGCCUACCACAAAACUAACCUACGGCAGUGAAGCCUGGAAGAAACUUAUCUUUCCAUAA